UUUAAAUAAAUAGGCUCGUGGUACCAGCCAUAUUUCCACGUGUUGCAAGGUUUUCACAAUCUAGGGUAUUAUUUGAUAUUCGAUAUCUAUUUUGUCGGCGCUUUGUGCAUAACAGGAAGUAAACAUAUUUUGAAUACGAUUUAGGUACUGGUAUUAAAGCGAUUUAUAUUUUUUCUACAAUGAUGACAUUAAGGUUUAAAGUUGAAUGUUCGAAUUUGGUUGUUUAGCCAUAUAUUCUUAUUUCGGUUAAAUAGCAACUCAUCAUUUUUUUACUAUAAAACAUAACGUUUCUAUGCAUUUGUUUUUUAAAUAUUUAAGUGCACAGUGCUCCAAGCUAUUCGUCGAUUUUUUAAGUGAAUCAACCCCGCAGCCUUCAUUUAAAAUGUCUGACUCCGAAUAUUCAACUUACGAGCGCACCCCGUCACCUGAGCCGAAGAAAUCUACAAAGAAUAUCAAGAAAAGAAAAUCAUCCUCAGCAUCAAGAUCUGAAUUUGAAACAGCAUAUCAGCGACCACGCACGCCAUCACCAGCGCAAAAGAAAAAAUCAACCAGCAAAGUUCGUGCAUCAACCAGUAAAAACAAGAAUCCUGGCUCUAGUUCUUCCAAAAAGGUGGCUGAAGCCGACAUCUUCAAGAUUAUACGAGAUGAAGAGAAGAUCACCGACGAGCAAAAUCUGAAAACCGUCAAGACCACUUCGUCCUUUACCAGUCGGUUAUCAUCGGGUUCUACACGGCGUACUGCAAUUACGGACGAUUUUCAAAAAAUGGGAGAUACCGAAGACGUCCACAUCCCUUUUUCACAAUACGCACAAGAGUUUGUGCUUCCAGAAGAAUUCGAUGACAGCGACAUAUAUAAAAAAGUCAAGAAUUCUAUUCAAAAUCCAAAAGUAAAGAAACGGACAACAAAAGUCAAUAAUAAAGUCAUUAAACGAUACAUUGGACAUCCACCAUGUUUCGUGAUAAAUAAUGAAGCAGGAAAAGGCAACAAGCUUGUAAGAAUCCAAAUUAUAGAUAUUCGAGAUGGCAUUCCAGAUACCAACGAGCAAGACGAGAAGGUGCUCCUGAGCGCGCAGUACGUGGCCAAUGAUAGCUAUGAUGAGAUUAUUGACUGCACUGAAGGGGCAAGAGCGGAUAUUCAUACAAAUCCCAAGUCCUAA